UUUCUUUGAUGGCACGAUAUCCGUCUGUGAGGAACGAGAUCUCCCAGAUUUUUCAGGCAGCAUUUCGCAGCACGGUCGGAGAGUGGGUCUCUGUGGAGCCCAUUGUCAUCGCUUGCAACAAUCCCAAGUUUGGAGACUAUCAAAUCAACAAUGCGAUGGGAAUCUGGUCUAGAAUCAAAGGCAUGCAAUCCACAUACGGGAAUCCAGUCUCCGUUGCGCAGGAUGUUUUGCGGAACAUUCCCAGGACGAGCAUGCUUGAGAAGACCAGCGUUGCUGGAGCAGGCUACAUAAAUGUCACGCUCUCGGCACGCUUCAUUGCAGAGAAACUUACUACUGUUUUGCAUCAAGGAGUUGACGCACUUGCGCCCGAGCUGCCCGUUAAGCACGCACUCGUGGAUUUCUCUUCGCCAAACAUUGCCAAGGAGCUCCAUGUCGGACACUUGCGCUCGACAGUUAUCGGCGAUAGUGUGGCGAAAAUGCUUGAGUUUUGUAACGUAAGUGUCAUGCGGAGAAACCACGUUGGCGACUGGGGAACGCAGUUUGGAAUGCUACUUGAACACAUAUUUGAGACGGGUGCCGAGGUAGAGGCUAUCGGCGACUUGCAGAAAAUGUACGUUGAAGCAUCCGAGAGAUUUAAAAGCGAUGAGCAAUUCAAAGCUAAAGCCCAGCAAGGUGUGGUCAAAUUACAGAGAAGCGAGGCGGAAUAUCACGCUAAGUGGAAGUCCCUUUGCGACGUGAGUCGAAGAGCUUACGAACGAACUUAUGGCCGUCUGAACGUUUCUCUUGAGGAGAAAGCCGAGAGCUUUUAUCAUCCAUACAUUCCCUAUGCUAUCAAGUCUCUCGAAGAGAAGGGACUUUUGCAAGAGAGCGACGGUGCAAGGGUGAUAUUUCUCAAAGGCUAUGAUAUACCGCUGAUUGUAACAAAGACAGAUGGUGCUUAUACAUAUGCUAGCACUGACUUAGCAGCCUUGUGGUACCGUGUCCAUGUCGAGAAGGCGGAAUGGAUUAUCUACGUUACUGAUGUUGGACAGAAGCAGCACUUUGAUAUGUUCUUCCAGGCUGCAAAACUCGCUGGGUGGUUGCCGGAGCAUGGAUUUCCCAAAGCCCAACAUAUUGGAUUUGGAAUGGUGCUUGGCGAAGAUGGGAAGCGCAUCCGAGGUAGAAAAGGAGGGGUUUUGCUUGCAAACUUGCUGGACGAUGCCAAGAGCCGCAGCCACAAGGAACUGAUAGAGCGAGGCCGAAAAGGAGAGUGGAGCGGUGAAGAUUUAGAGGCAGCAGCUGAAGCACUUGGCUAUGGAGCCGUCAAGUACGCAGACCUGAAAAACAACCGCGAAACAACCUAUAGAUUCGACUUUGAGCAGAUGCUCGACAUCAAGGGAAACACUGCUGUUUAUCUUUUCUAUGCGUAUGCACGGGUUUGUUCUAUCAUCAGAAAAUCUGGAAGAAGCAUUGACGAAAUCAAACAGACUUGCGAGCUGGUUGUGGAGCACCCACACGAAAGAUCUCUCGGGUUACAUCUCGUUCAGUUCACAGAGACCGUAGAGGACUCCAUCAGCCGGCUCUUGCCGAGUACUCUGUGCGAUUACCUGUACACUCUCUCGGAGCUCUUCACGCAGUUUUACACCAGCUGCAAGGUGAAUGGAAGCUUGCAAGAGGCAAGCCGGUUAUUGCUCUGUGAGGCAACCCGCCUGAUCAUGAAACAAGGCCUUGAGUUACUGGGCCUUACACCUCUAGAGAGGUUAUGAUUAUCGAGUACUUUCACAGUGAAGGUAUGUCGAGUGAUUCUUUUACAUAAAGAAGUUACAUACCAUCGAA